AUGAAGGUCCUCGUCGCCCUGGUCGCGUGUCUGGGUCUAUCCUUGGGCGCGCCGAGCAGCAACAAGCAGCACGUGCCGGAGGAGGAGCUGGAGGCCUUCGACUACGAGUACGUCAACCAGCCGUUGACGGCCCAGUACGUGGACUCGUCGCCCUCGGCGACCCAGAGUCACGGAGGCCACGGCAACGGGCACACCCCCGGGAAGGUCGGCUACAGCGCGGGCGGAGGGCUGGUGAGCAUCGCUCAGGGCGCGGCCGAGCAGGCGCACACGGCCAUCUUGAACCAGCACACGGCGGCCGGUCAGGCGGCGUACCAGGCGAAGAACACGCUUGCGCAGUCGGCGGCGCAGUCGGCGGCGACCGCGGCGGCCGCGCUGGCCGGGAAGCAGAUCAUCGUGAUGGGCCUGGAGCAGCAGUCGCGGGACGCGCACCUGGCGGUGGACGGGGAGAAGAUGCAGCUGCAGCAGGCGCAGAGGGCCGCGACGGCGUCGCAGAACACGGCGCAGCAGGCCAUGCACCAGGUGCAGGUGAUCACGGCCGCGCUCAACGCGGCGCAGGCGACGGCCGACCACGCGGCCCAGGCUGCGGCCGAGGCGGCCGCCGAGCUGGCCGCUCAGACGACCAUGGUCGGCCAGGCGAAGGCGCGCGCGGAGACCAUCGACGACCAGCUGGCAGUGUCGAGGAUCGACUUCGAGGCGACCCAGGCGGCGGCCAACAAGGCGGCCGCGGCCGCGCAGACGGCGCAGAACAACGCGGCCGCGGCCGCCGCGCACGCGGCCAGCGCAGCGGCCGCGGUGGCGUCCGGCCACCACCCCGCCAGCCUCCACCACUCUCCGCCUCCCGCGCCGCACUCGGCCGAGACCUACGAGUACAAGUCCGGCUACCUUCGCUACUAG